AUGUCCACUGCUGACAAAUCGAAGUCUACGAAGAUAUUGUCUUCAAUUCCCUCUUUACACGCAUUCGAUCCUGAUACUACUACGUGGUCUUCAUAUCGUGAUCGCAUGACAUUUUACUUUCAAGCGAACAAUGUUACUCUUGAUCCUGAUCGUAAACCGUUAUUCUUAUGGUCCAUUGGGAAUCAUGUUUACACCUUGUUAGAGUCUCUUGUUGCUCCUCGACUGCUCACCGAACCUGAACUUACAUAUACACAUUUAAUCGAAAUUUUGAAUAAACACUAUGAUGAUACAAAAAACAUCAUGACUUCUACAUACAACUUCUUUAGUUGCUAUCAGAAAAGUGGUCAAAGUUUCACGGAAUGGAAAGCCGAACUUUAUGAGAAGGCUCGACGUUGUGGAUUCACCACGUCUUGCUUAGCUACUAAACCAAUCGAUCGUGCCGUUCGAGAUAUGUACGUCAUUGGUAUCAAAAGUCAGAAAGUUCGUCAAGCGCUGUUAAAAGAAGAAGAUCCGACGUUAGAAACCGCUGAAAAGCUUAUCUUAGCAGCUGAGCGUUUGGAACAAGAUGUUCGUCAUUUUGGCCAUCCAUUAAAAGCAAAUGAUUGUUCUGUCGAUAAAAUUCAGAAUCAGUCGUCUGAUCGCACUCAUCGUAUACACAAUCAUUUCCGUAAAUCUCAUGUUUCGAAACACUACAAUCGCCACGAUCCACGUUCUAGAUCGAAAUCACUUUCUACAGAUACAGCUCGUACGUUCAACCCAUGUGAAACAUGUGGUUCAAAUAAACACAUGCGUUCGUCUUGUAAAUUCCGAGACUACAUUUGCAACUAUUGCACAAAAAAAGGACACCUAGAAAAGGUUUGUCGACAAAAGAAAACUGAACAAUUGUCCACGAAACAUAUUACGUCUGUUGCCAAACUGAAUGCAUUAAAUUCGAGUACUUCUACAAGUCGAUCGUUCGAUUCCUCAUCCAUGCUUGGAUUAGACGUUAAUGGCAGUAUCAUUACAUUUGAGAUCGAUACAGGAUCAUCUCAUGCAUUUAUUAGUAAAUCUGAUUGGCUUCGCAUUCAUUCACCUACUCUUUCUCCUUCACCGUUACGCUUGAAAUGCUACAGUGAUACGUAUCUUGCGAUUAUAGGCGAAUGUUCUGUCUCCGUUACGUACGAUAAUCAGGUUUAUCGUCUGAAGUUAAUCAUUGUGCAAGACGCACAUCCUCCUCUUCUCGGUUUACAGUGGAUUCGAUCGUUACAGCUCGAUUUAAAUCGGCUUAUUCAUCAGCCUGUACCGGACGCACACAGUCAUAUUGUUCGUUCACCUGAACUCGAUAAUAUUCUUCAGAAGUAUCGUCAUGUGUUAAAUCAUGAAUUAGGUCAUUGUACGAAGAUGAAGGCUCAUAUCGAAUUGACACUCAAUGUUAGUCCCAAGUUUUACAAACCACGGCCUUUUCCGUUUGCUUACCUCGAUCGUAUCAAAGAGGAAAUUACACGGAAAGUUACCGCAGGCAUCCUCGAACGUGUUGACAGUUCAUUGUGGGCCGCACCAAUCGUUCCUGUACAAAAACCAAAUGGAGCCAUUCGUAUCUGUGGUGAUUUUAAGGUUACUAUCAACCCGCAUACCAUCGUUGAUCAGCAUCCCAUUCCGUCCAUUGACGAACUUCUUUCUCGAUUACGACAUGGUUAA